AUGGGGGAGCCCGAUUCAUGGGAGGAUAUCGCGGGCCAGCAGCAGCCGCCGCCGCCAGGCGGCGCGGGCGGAUAUUACAACGCGCCGCCUGGCGCUGCCGGCGGAGCGCUCAACGUGAACGCAGCUGCGUUUUCAUUUAACCCGACGGCGGGCACGUUCGUGCCUAACUACCCGGGCCAGCCUGCUCCCGGCGGUGCUCCUGGCGCGUACGGUUACAACCAAGGCGGGUACGGUUACAACCCGCAAGCGGCGUACGGUUACAACCAAGGCGGUUACGGUUACAACCAAGGCGGGUACGGUUACAACCAACAGCAGUACGGCGGAGGUGGAUAUCAGCAGCAGCAGUACGGCGGGGGAGGAUAUCAUCAGCAGCAGCAGCAGCAGCAGCAGCAGCAGUAUGGAGGAAGGGGGGGACGGGGAGGUGGCGGAGGGCGGGGAGGCGGAGCAUACGGCGGGGGACGAGGAGGCGGCGGAGGCGUUGCGGGCGCGCCGCCUCCCCAGCAGCAGCAGUAUGCGCAACCGGCGCAGCCCCAGCAGCAGCAACCGUCGGGACCGGCUGUUUCUAAAACCCUCGGCGGUCCCGUGUCGUCCGGCCCUGCAGUCUCGAAAACCCUCGGCGGCCCCGCGGUCACCAAGUCGCUCGGUGGACCCUCCGUGCAGAAGGUUCUCGGAGCUCCUGCACCCGCGGCGGCCCCCGCUCCAGCAGCGGCGGAACCCGCUCCGCCCGUCGCAGCCGCUGCUCCGCCCGCGGCGGAGGAGGAGAAGCCCGCGGAAGCGGAAGCGGAAGGGAAAGUGGAGAGCGAAGCGGAAGCCCCGGUGGAAAGCGACGGAGCAGUGGACGCGGCAGCAGCGGCGGUGGCAGCGGUGGGCAUCAACGAGGACGAAGCGGCCCCUGCUGCACCUGCAGACGGAUCAGCAGAAUCCGCCAAGGUCGAAGCGGCAGCAGCGGCUUCAGCGUCAGCGGCGGCAGCAGCAGUGGUGGUGGAGGAGGAGGAGGCGGAGGAGGAGUUUGAGAUCCCCGAGUCGGAGGACAAGCGGCUGCACCUCAACCUCGUCUUCAUCGGCCACGUCGACGCGGGGAAGUCGACGAUCGGGGGGCAGAUCCUGUACCUGGCGGACAUGGUGGACGAGCGCACCAUCCAGAAAUACGAGCGCGAGGCCAAGGACAAGAACCGCGAGAGCUGGUACAUGGCAUACAUCAUGGACACCAACGAGGAGGAGCGAGCCAAGGGCAAGACAGUGGAGGUUGGGCGGGCGCACUUUGAGACGGAGAAGAAGCGAUACACCAUUCUCGAUGCGCCUGGUCACAAGAACUAUGUGCCCAACAUGAUCAGCGGGGCGUCACAGGCGGACGUGGGAGUGCUGGUGAUAGCGGCGCGCAAGGGCGAGUUUGAGACGGGCUUUGAGCGCGGAGGGCAGACACGCGAGCACGCGCAGCUCGCCAAGACGCUCGGCGUGUCGAAGCUGGUGGUGGCGGUGAACAAGAUGGACGACCCCUCCGUGCAGUGGAGCCAGGAGCGGUACGACGAGAUCGUCACCAAGCUCACGCCCUUCCUCAAGCAGUGCGGCUACAACACCAAGAAAGACGUGCAGUACCUACCGAUAUCGGGCAUCCAGGGCGCCAACAUGAAGGAGAGAGUGAAGAAGGACGUGUGCCCGUGGUACGAUGGGCCGUGCUUCUUUGAAGUGCUCGACGCCCUCGCCCCGCCCGAACGCGACCCCAAGGGGCCCGUCAGAAUGCCCAUCAUAGACAAGUACCGAGACAUGGGCACGGUGGUCAUGGGGAAGGUGGAGAGUGGCUGCAUCAAGCGAGGCGACACACUCACUGUCAUGCCCAAUAAGACGGUGGUGAAGGUAGUGACCAUAUUCCGGGACAACGACGAGGUGACAUUCGCCCUGCCGGGGGAGAACCUCCGGGUGCGCCUCACAGGCAUCGAGGAGGAGGAGAUCUCCGCCGGCUUCGUGCUCUCCUCCCGCAAGCGUCCCAUUGGAGUGUGCACAGAGUUUGACGCCCAGCUGCAGAUCCUAGAGCUGCUGGAUCACAAGGCGAUCUUCACGGCGGGGUACAAAGCGGUGCUGCAUGUGCACAGCGUGGUGGAGGAGUGUGAGAUCAUCAGCCUGCUGCAGCAGACGGACCUCAAGACCAAGAAGCCCAUGAAGAAGAAACCGCUCUUUGUCAAGAGUGGCGCCAUUGUUGUUGUGCGCAUUCAGGUGAGCGACCCCAUCUGUGUGGAGAAGUUUUCCGACUUCCCUCAGCUCGGCCGCUUCACUCUGCGCGACGAGGGCAAGACAGUGGCGAUAGGCAAGGUCAUGCACCUGCGCUCCAGCAGCUCUGCCUGA